AUGUCACCACUCAACACAUCACUUUUUAUUUUUUGCAUCUUGGCAGUAUUGACACCCACCAUUUACUCUCAAUAUCUUGUUGUCUCCCCUUCCACCUACUUACCAGGUCAAUACUAUGUUACCUUGUCCAUGAACAGUAGUUCUCCAGUCAACUUGGGUCACAGCUCCAAUACCCAAGCAGCAUACACAACUUCAACUGGUUUCACACUGCUGAGAAGCAACAUUUUGAAUGGAACCUACUACUUUAGAAUAGGUUCAGUUUCGUCCUCUACAGGAAAUUACGUAAUUUUCAAUUCUGCUUCAACAUUCCAAAUUUCUUACAGAAUUGGUGAAAGUUUUAAUAACUUUUAUCCAUCUAGCUCAAGCAAUUCCUAUUCGAUUCCUGCCUAUGGAACUGAGAGAUUAUAUGCUAGCUCUUCCUACAGAUCAGGAGAAAGUUAUACAUUACAAUUCAAAUCAUCCAGAACAACUUCAGUCAAGAUUGCAUACACUUUCAAUAUUGAAACUGAACCAUCCUAUAGUUCUUAUCAAAUUACUUCAUCCAGAUCUGCAUCCAUUUCCUUUACUGUUCCAACUACUUCCUCUAUUUAUCCAACUUUUUAUUUAUAUAUUCAGUGUAAUAAUGGAAUUUCAGAUUGUGGAACCAUUACAGUUGAGACACCAAGAUCUGAUGAUGCUGGAAUGAUUAUUGGAAUUGUGAUUGGAGUUUUCAUUUUGUUUAUUAUCAUUUCAGUUGCCAUUUCAAUUCCAUCAGUUAUUGCUGCUAAAAAGAGAAGAAUGAUGGCACUUGCUGCAGUCACAGCUGCUAGCAAACAUGGCGAUUUUGCCACCACAAAUAAUGCAAUUGUGCAGCCAACCAUGCCACCUGGAGCCUACCAACCAAUGGUUCAACAAAUUCCAACAAUGCCACCUGGAGCUUAUUACAAUCAACAACAACCAUCAACCAUGCCACCUGGAGCUUAUCAACCAAUAAUGGUUCAAAAUCAAAUGACAGUUCAAAAUUAUCAGCCCUAUGUUGUGGAUCCACAAGUUCAACCAUAUAGUGGUCAACUACAAUAUGGAAAUCAACCAAUGCCUGCAUUCAAUCCUAAUGUAGAUCGUGUAUAA